UAGAACGUCCUGGGCGAGUCUCAAACCAGCUUUUCCACAUAACGGAUUGGUUGCCGACGUUAGUAGCAGCAUCAGGUGGCGAUCCAUUAAAGAUGAGUAUUGACGGAAUGAAUCUGUGGCCGGCUUUAAGAACUGGGUCCACGUCACCACGAACAGAAAUCCUCCACAAUAUUGACGACGUGUAUGGAAAUUCAGCUAUUACAAUUGGUGAUUGGAAGCUUCUUCAAGGAAGUACUUACAAUGGCGUCUGGGACGAUUGGUAUGGACCUUCAGGUAGAGGGGAUGCUUAUAAUAUUGAGGCGGUCAUCGGAAGUCCAGCUGGUCAAGCUGUCGCAAGUGUGGGUUUUGUUAUAAUUGCACAAAAGGCUCGUGACAUUCGUGAAAAAGCAUCUGUAAGCUGCACUCCUAAGAACGUCACCUUACCAGUCUGCAGUCCACUUCAAGCUCCGUGCCUUUUCCGGAUUCAUGAAGAUCCAUGUGAAAAAAAUAACCGUGCUCAUGCGUUCAAGAGUAAAAUGUUUUUCACAAAAGUUGUGCGCCGUGUUGUCCUCUACAAGACAAGUUUUCUACUAACAUUACGUAGCAUUGUUAGUUUGACCGUAAAUCACUAGUAAAUAAAAGAAUUGAUUGUUGACUUUACUGUCAGUAAU